AUGGUUGAAAAACAAGUUGAAAUUAAACCUGGCAAGUUUCUUAAUCAUAUUACAGCAGCAAAACCACUCCCAGAUGCUUUAUCUAAAUUUGUUAUAAGUUUUCGCGCUGAAUCAGAAACUAGAUACAUAAACCCAAUUCAAAUUAAUUUAAAAGAUCUGGGCGCAUUUACGGAUAAGUUUAUAAUGCUAUGUGACUCACCAAGAUUUGGUGAUACUGCUGGCCCUGAAGUAGAUAUUGCUAACAGUAUAAGUAUUGUUGAAGGAAUCAAGUGUUGCAAAAGCGUUCGACCGGUCAUUUUAAUGAAUUAUGAAAAUCAAGGUGGUCGAGGUGAAGGUAUUCGAGAAAUGACAAGAAUGAUUCAGGAUAUGGUAAUAAACAUUGAAGAAUAUUUGUCUACAUUUUCUUAUAUUUUUACUAAAUAUCCGGACAUUGACAUUCACACAAGUCUUCUUAACAUUUACAUUAGUGUUGAAAAAAUAUCUGAGCAAAACGACGAAACAUUCAAAGCGAUACUAGAAGAUAUGUUAAAAAAAACUAAAAAAAAUGGAAAAUCUUUAGAUCUUAUCAAUGAUAAUCCUUUAGAUGUUUUAAAUAAGAUUAUUAAAACACCUUGCAUUGAUGAUCCUAAGCGAGUGUUUAAGUACACAAUGACCGAACGAUCAAAAAAUGCUCUGUACAUGCAAGCCGAGUACAAUAAGUCUGCUAUAAUAUGUGCCGCCAAGACUAACAACUAUAAACUAAUAAAAUAUAAAAUAGUUGAACUUAUAUUUUUGUUUACUACUUUAAAGUUAAAUGAGGUUAGACAAACUUUAAAGGAAUCCAUUGAUUUUGUAAACACUCAUAUUGAGAGGUGUUACGAAGAUACAAAACAAAGACUUAGCAGAUGUCUAGACAAUCAAAGCAAACUCUCGCUUGAUGAACUAGAAUACUAUGUUUCUCAAAUUGAGAAAUUUAAAGACCUUCAUAUUUUUACAGAUGUUGAGCCUUUGGUAAAAGUAAGUAGAUUAAGCGAAGCGUUGGUUCAAAAUUUGCGUUUAAGAUGUGAUCAAGAGGCAGAAAGUUUUACAUCUCUGAAUAUAUUUCAUGACGAAUACUCAAAAACAUCAUUGUAUAACUUAAAAUUAAUUAGUGAAAAAUGUGAUAACAAAGGAUACAUAAGUGCUUGUCAAUUUGUAAUCGACCAGGUAAACAUUAUUCAAACAAAUCUAGAAAGCUGUUUAGAAGCAAAUGAUUUCAAUGCAUCGGCGAACCUUCUUCAACUUUCUAAGAUUAUUUGUACGAAAUUUAAUGGUCAUGAAAAUUUGGAAAUGCAAAUCACCUCUGUUUAUGAAAAUAAUAAAGUUUCAGUCAUUUCAAAGUUAAAAAAGUUGUCGGAAAGUUGUGAACACUAUUUUGCACAGCAAUACUUAAGUAAUGACGAUUUGCUUGUAAUUAAUGGUUGCCUCCAAGUUUUAGAGAACGCUAAACACAUUAACUUGCUGUGCGAACAUAUUACCGAAAAAGAAAUAGACAAAUACUAUGAAACCUUUUUGAGCAAAAUAAUUAAAUUGUUUGAGAAUUUAAACAAUGAAAUCAUCUAUCUUUUUAAAAACGAAAGGUUUAAAGAAAUGGAAGAAGUCUGUAAGCAAAUGCAAUCGGUGCGCCGAAUAAGAAUUGUUGAGCAACGAACUGCAGAAAUAUACUAUUCGACCAACCAAAGUAUUACUGCUUACAUAAAAAACUUAAGUGAUGACACAGAAAAACUACUAAAUAAUAUUAACAAUGGUGCCGUUGAUUACAACAAGAUAUUUUCAAAUUUCAAAAAUCUUAAAGAUGCUGAGUGGUUGAACAAUCAUAAAUGCGGCUAUUAUGAAAACGUCAUUAAAAACAUUCAAAGCAGUUUGACAGAACGAGCUAUCACUUUAUAUGAGACAUUAGUUGAAACUAAUUUGGAUUUAGAGAACUACUCAGAGCUUGAAAAAAUAGACAAAAUUCUGCAGCAGUUUGACGGAUUAAAAAAAUUUCAGACGAAUAUCCCAGAAAUUCAAAAAUACCGUGAUCAGUCCUUUGAAUAUUUUAACAGUUCUGUUGAAAAAAGUUUUUUGGCUAUCAAGAAUGUCUUUUCUUUAGAAAAACAUAGUCUGAAUCACUUAAAAAAAAGAAAAGCAAAACUUGUAGUAGUUAAAAAUGAAUAUCAAUUAAUGCAGCCAAAUUUUUUAUACUUGAAAAGUGAGAAGUUCAAUUCAUUAGAAAAUGUAGAUCAGAAAAUUAUGGAACUGACAAAAAAUAUUAAUGAGGCUGAGAAAAACAGAGAACAAAGAAAGUUAAAUCAAAAGUGGUAUACUAACAUUCUAAAUGAGUAUAGCGAAAGUGCAAAAGAACCUAAUCCUGACAAAAGUAAAAAAGUUUUACACUCAUAUAAUUUUGGAAGCAUUGAGGACCUUUUUAAUAAUGAAAUUGAAAACAAAAAUAAAAUAUUUGAAUUAAAAAGUAUAAUUGAGCAAAGUACGUACGAAAUUGAGCAUCUUGGGAUGGUGAAAUCAAAGUUUAUUGAAAUGUCAAGUAAAAAUCUAACCUCCAACGAAGCUAAUGAGUAUAUUUUAAAAACAAAGCACAAAAGUAUUGAAACCUUAAACUACAAAAUAAACAAGCUUGAUAGUAAAAUUAAUGAUGCUGAAUCAAAUGGUAUUGAGUUUCUUUUUGAGUCUAUAGACAACAACAAAGCUGAAGCUGCGUUAAAUUAUUUAAAUUAUUGUAUUUCAAUUAAAUUUCUCAACAAAAAAGCAACCAGGAGUAAACUAGAAUUAGAAAUGUUUUUAAAUAAAUACAGAGAAUUUUUAGUAUCUGAAAUGAACAGUUGUUUAAAUCAAAUACAGACCCUUACAUUUGCAAAUUCUUUUUUAAUUCACGAAUUAACACAGAAAAUUAGGUUUAGACUUGAUGAUUGCAAUAACAUUCAAAACUUUACACUUUUAAACGGUUUGAUGCAGAGUCAGCACAUAAAAAAAGAUAUAGUUGAAAGGCUAUCAAACUAUUAUUUAAUUUUAGAUGAACCUGGUAACAACGAAACUUUGAAAACGGAAGUUGUUAAAGCUUUUAUUCAACUUGACAAAUAUUCUGAAAAUGUCAAGUUUUAUCAACUGUUUUGUGACUACAACAAAAAUAAAAUAAAAGAGUUAGAUGAUUUUGAAAAAAAUAUAAUAGAAUGUAUUGAAAACAACAAGUUUAAUGAAGUGGCUAUGAAACUAUUUGAUGUUGAUGAAAAAGUUUUAAAAAAUAAUACAAUUUACAAAAUAAAAACUAAUUUGGCUAACUCAAUAAACAAAAUAAUAGUUAAAGCUAAACACAUGUUGAGAGCAUUGGGAAACAGCCUGGAUAAAAACGAGAUUGAGAAGGCAAUAAAACAAUUAUCAAAGUUAGACCAAGCUAAAAAAUGCUUGUACGGCAAUCUUUCCCUUACAGAAAAGUUUAAACUAAAUAGCUACAUAGACAAAAACACUCAAGACGAGCUUAACAAUUGUUUGAUUUUUAUUCACGAGACAAUUUCCAAAAAAGUUUCAAAAUACAUGAUCAAAAUAAAUUUUCAUAUUAGUAAUAACGAAUUUUACGAAGCCGAGACAAAAAGAGAACAUUUAUACCACACUUACAACUUGCUCGAAAACCAUUACAAUUCUGUUGAAAUAAAUGAUAAAAUAGAGGUCAUGCAAGAAAACCUUGAAGAAAAAAUUUACGCAAUUACGAAAAAGUAUGUAAAUAUGUCAAUAAACGAUUACUUUCAGAACUCACCAAAGUCAAUAAUUAACGAGUUAGAAAAACUAGUCAAGCUUACUAGCAACGAAAAGUAUGACGAAUCAUUAAAUAAAAUUAAAGAAGCAAUUAGAAGUCAAAUGCAAAAUGUUUUCCUUAGUGUUAAAGAUGCAAAACCCGAAGAGCGCGGUGAAAGCAUGGAAGUUUUAAAAUCAACUCUUAAUUUAUUACCUGAAGAUUUGAAACCAUGGGUAGAAGCCGAAAAAGAAAAACUUAUAAAAUAUAUAGAGCAAGAAAACAAAGUUUACGAAGAUGAAUUUAUAAGAAUUAAGAGCAUUUCGGACGUAAAACUAAUUUAUAAUUUUAUGGAAAAAUGUAGACAUAACGGGAUGGAAGGAUACGUCCGUUUAAUACAAAACAUGGUAAUUGAUCGUGUUGACGAAUGCAAAGGCAGCUUAUUGAAAUACUUGGAUGAAAAUGAUGUCAAUAAGGCUUUGCAAAUGUUCAACAAAUGUUUGGAGUUCAUUCAAGUAUUUGGCGAAACAUUAGUUGAACUAAAUAGAAUAUUUUUAUUAAUAGAAUCUAGUUUAACGAGCAGGUUUAAUAACAUGUGCUCAAUUUUUACAGACAUUUCAAGUAACCGUAACUUUGAAUAUACAAUAAGUUGUUUUCAUAAUUUAAACUAUUUUAAUGAAAUAGAAACGCUGAACCAUCAAAAGUUUCCGAGCUUGACAAAUUUAAGCGGAUUCAUCAGCAGUAUAAUCCAUGGGCUGGGCAGAUCAUAUGAAAAUAUUGUAAAUUUCUUUUUUGAUUAUCAAACAAAGUAUCAAAGCUCUCUUAAUGAGUUUAACAUUACAAAGAUAAAUGAAUCAAUGACUGUUUAUCAAAAUUGGAGCCCUCUAUUAGAUGCAGCUAUACAUCACUUUAAGAUCAAUCCAGAAAAUGCUAUUGUUCAAAAAUACUUGUCAAAAAUUGAAUCCUGCAGUGGCUAUUACCAAAUAAAGGAUAAUCUAUCAAUAAAACUUAAAUCCUUGAAACUUCAAAUACACAACAUCGAGCCUCUUAAAGCUAAUAACAACGAACGAGAUCUUUUUUACCAAGAUUAUGUUAAAAAUAUUUCAUUUUUAUACCAUUCAAAAGAACUGAAAAAUCAUAUAAACUGUGAUACAUUUAAUCCAAGUUCUUACGAAAAUGAUGUAUAUCCUUUCUUAACAAAUUUCUUUUCUAAAUUAUCCGAAUCCACUAAAAAUAUCUUUGGUGAAGACGCAUCUGACAAGACUUUGCGAGAAUUUGAUUUGUUUCGACUUAACUUAGAAAACAUUAAAUCGUUUGAUCUGCACGCAAAAUCCGUUGGACUAAAUUUCAACUUCUCAAUACUAGUGCAAGAAAUCACAGAUAAAUUCGAGAGCACACUAAACUACUUUUUUGCAAUGGUUCAAAGAUGUGAAAGUGAUGUUAAUGAAAAAGCAAAAUGGUUAAUAAAAAUUAAAAAAUUCGCUAACAAUUUACCUGAGCAUAGCGAAAAUAUAAAUGAGAAAUUAGAUCUCAUUUUUAAAGUUUACAACAACCAAUAUGCAAAAUAUAGUAAAAUAGAGAUGGCAAAGCUAUGCAUAGCUUUAGAACAAGAUCCUAGUGGAGUUGGCUUUAAUAUUCUCUCAGAACACUCAAUUUUUAAGGGGCAAGUAAUAUCAAUUUUUAAUCAAAACACCAAGUACCAUGGAAUAGAAUAUGUUUUAGAUAAACUUCAAGGCGAUGAUAUUAAUAAUGAAAGUAUUCAAAGGCUCAAAGAUGUAUAUAAAAUUUAUAUCGAUAAAUAUCAGCAAACGGUUAAAAAAUACAUUGUAAAAAUAUGUGAAAAAAAUGUACUGAAUGAGUUGGUAAGGGUUAUAAAACUUAUUGGAGACAGAAUGGUUGAAAAUGUGUUUGAAAAAAAAAAUUGGGACGAAGAGGAUAGAAAAAACUUGAGCGUACUUAUUGCAAGCAUAUUUGCAUUAUGGACAUUGCAAAAUGCAGAGUAUUAUAAUGAAAUGGAAGGCAUUGCAAAUCAAGAUUCUUACUUGCUGACACCUCAUCCAAGUCAGGUUAUAUCUAUUUUUCGCAUGUUAGGAAUUGGCUACAUUGAACCUAAACAAGUUAAAGGUAUUGCUGAAACUGUUAAAGGCUUUGUUUAUAGCGAAAAACAAUAUGUCAGCAAUGAUAAACUUCAGAACAAUUUAGUGCAAGUUGGAACAGGUGAAGGAAAGUCAUUAAUUUUGGCUGUUGUAUCGUGUGUUUUGAGUCUAAUUGGCUUUGAUGUCAAUUGUGCUUGCUACAGCGAAUACUUAAGCACUCGAGACUACAAGUCAUUUCUUCCAUUGUUUACUUCAUUAGAUUUGACAUUGCAUAUUAAAUAUGCUACUUUUAAUGCAAUAUGCGAAGAUGUUAUCAAUCAGAACUGUAAUAUUCGUAAUCGCGUUGCUGACCUAGUCUCCAAUAAAAUCAUUGAAACGGUUUUGUCGCACAAAAAAUCAACAAGACCAAUGAUUUUGCUCAUUGACGAAGUUGAUGUGUUUUUUAACAAAGAUUUUUACGGUAAUUUAUACACACCACUGGCACAAAUUAAAAACCCAUGCAUUGCUGACCUUACCGGCUACAUAUGGUCUCAUAGAAAAGAAAAACUAACUCUAAAACAAAUACAAUUAACAUCAGAAUAUCAAACAUGCUGCAAAUAUUUAAAAGAAUGGGAUUUUUUAGUCACAGAAGCUGUAAAAGAUAUGCUAGUUGAUGUACAGGAUUUCAAGCAUGACUACAUCAUUAAAAAUGAUAGACUGGCUUACAAAGAACAAGAUGGCAUAUCAUACGAUGUGGUAUAUGGUUACAAAACAUUAUUUGCCUACUAUUUUGAGCAUGAAAAAGGCCGGAUUAGUACUGAAAGCCUCAACGAAGUUGUUAGUAUUGGAAUUAGAUGUGGCAGCUUUUCAUUUGCUGAAAUACCUUAUAACUUUCAUUAUAUAACAGGAGUUAGUGGAACACUAAAAACAUUAACUAAAUCAGAAAGAAAAAUUGUUGAAACCUAUGGAAUUAAAAAGUUUACUUAUACUCCCUCUAUUUUUGGAGAAAACAAACGCCGUUUUGCCAAAGAAGCCGAUGUACAUAUAGAAAAUAGUGAUGACUAUUUUGCAAAGCUUAACGAACACAUCGAAUAUUCUUCUGUGACUCAAAAGGAAUUCAGACGUCCAGUUUUAGUAUUUUUUAAUACCAAAACAUCUCUUAUGGAAUUUUAUGAUUCAAAUAAAUUAACUUUAAAUAGGGAAAACAUACAAGUUAUAACAGAAGAGAUCUCUGAAUCAAUAAAAGAAAAAGAGAUGUUAAUCAAGCGAGCAACCAUUUCGGGACAAAUUACGUUUCUAACGCGAGUGUUUGGACGUGGUACAGAUUUUGUAUGCAGUGACCAAAACGUUAUUAGUAACGGUGGUGUUCAUGUUGUACAGACCUUUUUUUCAGAGGAGUUAAGCGAAGAAGUUCAAAUUCAAGGGCGAACAGCUCGGCAAGGUAAAGACGGUUCCUGUAGCAUGGUCUUACGAGAUUGCGAUCUUGAAAAGUAUCUUGGAGUUGACUACUCAAAUAUAAUUAUUAAGCUACGAAAUGAAAAAAGAUUUUACGAAACUUUGAAUUCAAAACGAAAUGAGCUCUUUGACUUAACCUACUUGAAUGUAAACACACUGGUUAACGAAGCAAAAAAAGAACAUUUGUUAGGAGAGAAGUUUGUCAAAAAUCUGAACAACUAUGAAAUCAAUGAAAUCAAAGCUUUUCUUAGCGAGAGAAACAUAGGAUCUACAAAAACCAUAAUUAAUUCGCGCACUGUUUGUUUAAUGGACGCUACAGGCUCCAUGGGUAAUUUAUUGAACAAAGCUAAAGUUACUGUUGGCACCAUGUUUGAGCGGGCUUCGACUAUUUUAAAAGAGAAUUCUAUUCCAGCAGAAUCAUUUCAAAUGCAGUUUGCAGUGUAUCGAGAUUACGAUUGCUUAAGUGAUGGGCUUUUGCAGUAUUCACCCUGGGAAACAAAACCAGAAAUUUUAAGACUGUUUAUGGAUAAAAUAUUAGCACGUGAUGGCGGUGAUUACGAGGAAGCUAUAGAAAUCGGCUUGUGGCAUGUUAACAGAGAAAAUGACGAGAAUACAGUUAACCAAGUCAUUCUAAUUGGUGAUGCUCCUGCGAAAACAAAAGAUCAAAUUAAAAAAUAUCGAAAUGUGAUGGGAGAAAAAUAUUGGAAAAAUACUGAUUUUAAGGUUCCUACUUUCUAUUUAGAUGAAGUGGAAAAACUAAAAAAAAAAGGAAUAGUAGUUCAUGCCUUUUACCUUGACGAAGGAGCAAAGUUAAACUUCCAAGAAAUUUCAAAAGAAACUGGUGGUAAAUGUGAAGCACUAAAUAUUGACUCGUCGGACGGAGCUAAUAUUUUGACAGAUAUUGUUACUCGUCGCAUUUUGAGUAACGUUGGUGAAUUGAGUGGGAAAGGAAACGAUUUGGUAAACGCAUACAAUGUGAGAUACGCUAAAACAUACAAAUAGUUUAUUGUGGUUAUAUAUAUAAUUAAUUAUAAAGUAUAAAUAAUUAAAAAUAAAUUAUAAAUAAUUCUUUAAAUUUUUAAUAAUAUAAGUGUCUUUAUAUUUAACUUUUAUUGCUUUAUCAAUCUAGAUUAU